AUGAAGGAAUCUCCAAAUUGGCUAGAAAUGCCUUACGAUUUGAUGGAAAAUAUACUUCAAAGAUUAGAUACCGUGGAAAAACUCAGGAGCGCAGGUAACGUAUGCAGAACUUGGUGGAGAAUUUGCAAAUAUCCGGCGAUGUGGAAGGUCAUCGAUAUUCACAUAUUGCAGGAUGGUUGUGAUACGAAUCACAAAAUCGAGAUGCUGACUAAGCAGGCAGUCAAUCUCAGCUGUGGGGAGCUGAUCGAUGUCAGUAUCGACGGCUUUUGCACCGAUGAUCUCCUCGAUCAUAUUGCGCUACACUCAAGUAAGUUGAAGCAUCUUUACCUCUGUCCUCUGGUGUGA